AGAGAGAGCAGGACGGCAUGUCCACGUGAUCUUCCAAUCUCUUCCCAAGCUCCAACUUGUUAAACAUGGUGUUCCUGGAGGCUGGUGUCGGACUGGUGUGCGUUUGCUCAGGAAUCUCUCUCAUGCUACACAGUCUGGGGAAGAAGAUGGGGAGGACACCGUACUGCGAGUCGCGGGUGACGCGGAGGCUGGAGAAGCGAGGAGGAGAAGAAAGUUUCUUUCAUGAGGGGAGGGGAGGGGGAGGGGGAGGGGGAGAGGCAGGGGAACAUCAACGACUCGACGAGGUUCACAAGCUCCGAGUAUGUCAGGCGGCUGGCGCCAGAGUUCGCGGUGAUGGUGGAGAAAGAGCAGAGGAAGAGAGACAUGUAGGAGGGAGAGAGGGAGAGGACGAGAGGGAGAGAGGUGGAGGGAGAGGGAGAGGAGGAGCAGGUGGAGGUACCGUAAGAUGAGGAGGCGGGGAAGGAGAGGUAUCCCUUGUAUUGUAAAGUGAUCAAUCGUUCUC